AUGAUAUUUGUAAAUAAUAAUUCGUUGAAGGACGCGAAGUUUUACUGGUUCCUAAAAGUUCAGCAAAUAACCCUGUUAAAUAAAAGAAAUAUUGACAUACCAGAGCAGGUCACAACCAUGAUCAACAACAGGUGUAGUAACAUCCAAUACCUAAGCCAGAAGUUUUCUAAAGAAGAAGAUAUAUAUGGUUGUAUUCCCUUGGGAGUGUAG